AUGGGGACGGAAGGUGUGCUGCCGACAACGUUGGGCAUGUGGUCCCUGCUCCUGCUCUGGGGUCUGGCGACUCCUUGCCAGGGGCUGCUUGAGACGGUGGGCACACUCGCUCGGAUCGACAAGGAUGAACUUGGCAAAGCCAUCCAGAACUCGCUGGUCGGGGGUCCCAUCCUGCAGAAUGUGCUGGGGUCGGUCACAUCGGUGAACCAGGGCCUCCUGGGCUCCGGAGGGCUGCUUGGAGGAGGCGGCCUGCUGGGCUACGGAGGGGUGUUUGGUGUUGUGGAGGAGCUGUCCGGGCUGAAGGUCGAGGAGCUCACACUGCCACAGGUGUCACUGAAGCUGCUGCCGGGCUUUGGGGUGCAGCUGAGCCUGCACACCAAGGUGGGCCUGGAAGGCUCCGGGACCCUGGGGGGCCUCCUGCAGCUGGCCGCCGAGGUGAACGUGUCGUCGCGUGUGGCCGUGGGCAUGAGCUCGCGGGGCACGCCCAUCCUCAUCCUCAAGCGCUGCAGCACGCUCCUGGGCCACAUCACCCUGCUCUCAGGGCUGCUGCCCACACCGCUCCUGGGGCUCGCGGAACAGACACUCUUCAAGGUGCUGCCGGGGCUGCUGUGCCCCGUGGUGGACAGUGUGCUGAGCGUGGUGAAUGAGCUCCUCGGGGCUGUGCUGAGCCUGGUGCCCUUGAGGCCUCUUGGGUCUGUGGAAUUCACUUUGGCCACACUGCCUCUCAUCUCUAACCAGUACAUAGAGCUGGACAUCAACUCCGUUGUGAAGAGUGUAGCUGGUGAUGUCAUCGACUUCCCCAAGCCCCCCAAACCCAGCCAGGGCUCAGGCCCUAGGGAGCACUUCCUGCAGGUUCCCAGCAAUGUCCCAAUGACAACCACAGACCUGACAGCUUUGGUCCCCGAGGUCCUGGGGAAGGUGCCCCCGGGCCAGCAGCUCCUGCUCAGGCUGCAGGUGAAGGAAGCUCCCGCGGUCACACUCCAGAAAAAGAAGGCCACAGUCUCCAUCGCAGCUAACAUCCACGUGCUGCCCCACCGCCCUGCAGGGACGCCGGCAGCCCUCUUGGAGCUGAAUGGGGUUAUGACUUUAAAUGCCCAGCUGGCUCCCUCGGCUACCAAGCUGCACCUCUCCCUGUCCCUGGAACGGCUCAGUGUCAAGCUGGCCUCUUCCUUUGUCCACCCCUUUGAUAUGGCCCAUUUAGAAGAGUGGCUCAGUGAUGUGGUCCGGGUGGCGUAUGUGCCGAAGCUCAACGUGGACCUGGAUGUUGGUAUCCCCCUGCCCAAGGUUCUCAAUGUCGAUUUUGCCCACGCGGUCCUGGAGGUCAUCGAGAAUGCUGUUGUGCUGACUGUGGCAUCCUGAGCUGAGAGAUGGCCACUACCCCGCCUUGUUGACUGCCAAAGUCCUGACGACCUGCAUACUCUGCCUCAGUUUCCCUCCCAGUCUCUUUAGCCUGUGUCAGUGACUGUAGAGAUGUCCCUUAUCUGCCCAGAC